AUGCCUCUGAAACCCGUCACAAGUCCCUCCCGUCACGCCCGCAACCCCCCCCCUCCCUCCCACACAGGCACACUCCCUGCCCGUCACACAGCAGGCAAUGUUUUCGCGUCCCUUGCACACCAUCUCACCACUAAGAGUCUCGCCAGGGCCACAGCAAGUCUGGUGCUUGGUCCUCUCUGUGUCCCCUCGUGGCAGAACAGUGAGUCAUACACCAACACCUUCCCUCUUCCUACAGGCAAGUUGGUGCCCUUCGUGGAGUACUGUGUGAGCCACGCCUCCGUGCUCACCAUCCUCGUCAUCAGCUUCGAGCGGUACUACGCCAUCUGUCGCCCGCUACGCGCCUCCUACACGUGCACCAAGAUGAGAGCGUGCACCUGCAUCCUCACCAUCUGGGCCGCCGCCGUGCUGCUCUCCAGUCCCAUGCUGGUGAUGAGCAAGUACCUCUUCGUGCCCUACGCGGACGGUACAAUGGUGCACGGCUGCUACACGGAACUCACUACCUUCUGGUCUUGCCUGUACAUCAACCUGGUGACUGCCGUGUUCUUCUUCGUGCCCCUAGUGCUGCUGGUGCUCCUCUACCUGGUGAUUGGGAGAAGCCUCAUGCGGGACUCGGCCUCAGCAGCACUCCAGCAUCGUAAAGUUGACCUCCCGAACAUGAAGGCGCGGAAGCAGGUGGUGGUGAUGCUGGCCACCGUGACCGUGUUCUUCUUCGUCAGUCUGUUCCCCUUCCGCGUCCUCACACUGUGGAUCGUGUGGACGCCCCAGGAAACCAUCGAAACUAUCGGGCCGCUGCGAUACUUCAGCUUCCUGUACGGCACGCGGGUCCUGUUCUUCGCCAACUCCGCCGUCAACCCCAUCCUGUACAACCUCACCUCCACCAAGUUCCGCGAGGCCUUCCUCAAGCUGCUGGGGGAGAACAGAGGGGACUCCCGCCGCCACCUGAGCCGCCAGUCCACCUUCAACACCACCGGCACCUCUAUGUCCAACGGCCGCAGUGGGUCAUCGCGGACCAUCCCCACAGACUUGGUGGCUAUCAAGGAAUCUUACCCGCACCGCGUCGCCCUCGCCCGCUGUGGCCGCCAGGUGUCAACGGAUGACUUCUCGUCCACGCGGCCCAGCAUAGCGCGCUACGGUCGCCAAAGCAGUUUCGCAGGUAGUUACUGCUUCACGAGUACCAACAGCGCCACCAACAGUGCAUCCUGCAGCCGCCAGAACAGCCGCGCAGGAGACCACUGCGUGUACGGGCCCGAGGAGGUGGGGCGGAGACUAGCCGAGGGGGAGAAGAGGCAUUCCGGAGAGGGGCGGCGCCUGCUGGAGGGUGAUCGGCCGCCCGCCCUUACUGAUGACAUGAUUGAGGAGGAGAGGAGCUCUGGGGCCACGGUGAGAGGGGACAGCCUGAGGAGAAGUCAUGAAAAGAAGAUAGAAAGCGAGAUGGAGCAGCUGCUGGCAGAAGGGAACAGCGGCCCUCAAGCACCCGGCAAGAACCCAGCUACCGCCUCCCCCAGCAGCAGCCUGACACAGCCCAGCACGCCGCGGGACGCUGAAGAAGGCGAUGCAGGUGGUGAAAACGGAGCCACUGAGAAAAGCAGUUCCACGGACAAAGAAAACGUGACUGAAGAUGCAAUCACGACGGGAGAAAAUGGGAAAAGCGUUCAGUUCAGUGACAGGUGGAAUGCAGAGAGUGUUUAACGAGAGCCACCGCGGCGAGGACCUGUCACCCUGUCACUGCUGCAGCCACGCACCCUCGGCUUGGGGGAGAGGCCUGAGGGGUGGCGUGAAGUGUGGCGCAAGCCUGGCGAGGAGACAGGCACGACGAGGCUGGUGUGUGUGUGUGUGUGUGUGUGUGUGUGUGUGUGUGUGUGUGUGUGUGUGUGUGUGUGAGGACGUAUGAAUCUCUGACAUAUAUAUCAAUUCAUAACAUCACACACACACACACACACACACACACACACACACACACACACACACACACACACACACACGAUAAGCUGUUUACCUGAUACACCCGCUGCCUCGCCACUCCCAACACCCCAUCAAUGUCUGCAGCAGAUAUCAAAAAGAAGUAAGGCCACAACUUAAGAGGCUGUACCUGCCCUGAAGUGCUGCGAGGAGACAGGUGUUGCUCGCAAGUUCCCUUCCCACCACCACGAGGAUCCAGAAAUAGGAGACUGUGAGGAAAGGGACGAAGGAGUGACGGAACGAGAAAGAAAAAAAAAAAGAGAGAGAGGAUACGAGACAAUUUGAGGAAGGGACGCGGAGACUGUGAGAGAGAGAGAGAGAGAGAGAGAGAGAGAGAGAGAGAGAGAGAGAGAGAGAGAGAGAGAGAGAGAGAGAGAGAGAGAGAGAGAGAGAGAGAGAGAGAGAGAGAAAGGGUUAAAGUGAGGAAAAAAAAAGGCAGAAACACGAUGAAGGAGUGAGAGAGGGAGCAGGGAAGAGAGGCGGGAAGGGUAAGACAUAGCGAGGAAGGAAUAAGGGAGUGAGAGGAAGGCAGAAAACAGAGAAAGGGAUUAAAAUGUAAGUCUGUAGAAAUAAAAUACAUACGUUCUUACGAUUCGAAAUUGAUGACAUGAAAAACCCAAAUGCGAUUAUGAAUAAAUAAACUAAGAAAUAAACUUAAAUUAGAAAAAGGAUUAGAAGCGGUACUAAUCUUUCAUUCACACACAUAACGAAACGAGUGGCAAAAAUAAUGAAGAAAAGAGGAAAAUUUAGUACAAUCUUUAUUAUACUGCACAAUACAUCCCAAUUAUACACUAUGGCUGGAGGCGACUGACAAGGGGAGGACGGGGAAAAUAAGAGCGGUGAUAUAAUAUGAUAAGAAGUCAGCUGGAUGUCCAGGCUAAGUGGGGACCAUGGCAGGCCUACCAACCUUUCCGCAGCAUCAAUAUUAUUACAGAAAACCUUUGACUUUAACUGACAUUAUAUUUUGCUUGUUUUUUGCUGUGUGUAUGUUUUUUAGCUUGAGAUACUUCGGCAGAACACUUUCGCACAAUGACUUCCGUGUAUAAGAACGAGGAUGAUAAGAGAAUGAAAAGAUGAGUAUGAUAGCUUAAUUACAAGAGCUACACAUUAAUAAAAGAAUGAAAGGAAUACUGACUAUACUAUGAAAUACUAAUUAAUAAAGGUUACUGGUUAUAUUAUCUCUGCAACACCUGUACUGGACACUAUUGUUCACCUGAGUUAUCUGUAUGAGUGUGUGUGUGUGUGUGUGUGUGUGUGUGUGUGUGUGUGUGUGUGUGUGUGUGUGUGUGUGUGUGUGUGUGUGUGUGUGUGUCACUGCUCCACCUGGCUACCUGUCUACGUUCAUGUAAUUCGAUUGAUUACCGUUCAUCACAUCAAUACACGUGUUUACAGUCUGUUUUCCUCCUCAUGUGUCGAGAAGAGAGGAAGAUUAUUCUCCCUUCCUCACUUUCCUUCCUUUUUUCCCGUGAUAUGUGUAAACCUUCAUCUCUUUAUAAGGUUUCAAGCACAUAGAGAAAAAAAUAAAACAAAAUAUCUACUAUACAUAAUCCUAAUGUACCUAUAUGUAUUGAAUAUAUGAAUAAUCUCCAGCAGGUUUGAUGUGGUACUAUGUAUUGGAGAAAUGAAGUUAUUGAUGUAUAAGAAGAUAACUACGAUGCUGUUUAUUAAUAUCUACCUUCACGGAAUACUAUUACAGUUAUCAGUACCUAAAGGAAUGUUAACGAUGCCUCUCUCUAUGUCACGAGUGUAAAGUGUAAUGGUGUUCAACGUCAACAUCUAUUCAAAUAUUCACCGUCUGUAUUCAGCAUGACGUGACCCAAUCCCCGCGACGUCACGCUGGGGAGGGGUGGAAACCAAGGUAACUUUCCCCUCUCUCCCCCCACCAUGCUCCUUCCUCCUGCUGCUGCUGCUCCUGCUGCUGCUGCCCCCUCUGACCCACUCUCCCCUCCAGACUCACACAGGUAGCCAUUACUAUGGGCCAGGUGAGAAAAAGUUAUUGUGACCUAGUGAUGAUGAUGGUGAUGAUGAUGAUGAUGAUGAUGGGGAUGGUGGUGAUAACGAUGAUGAUGAUGAUGAUGAUAAUGAUGAUAAGAACAUAAAUACAUAAGAAAUAAGGCAAGCUGCAAGAAGCGACCAGGCUUACACGGGGCAGUCCCUGUAUUACACGUGGCAGUCCCUGUAUGACGAUGACGAUGAUGAUGAUGAUGAUGAUGAUGAUGAUGAUGAUGAUGAUGAUGAUGGUGCUGGUGGUGCUGACAAUGAUGAUAAUGAUGAUGAUGAUGAUGAUGAUGAUGAUGAUGGUGAUGAUAAUAAUAAUAAUAAUAAUAAUAAUAAUAAUAAUAAUAAUAAUAAUAAUAAUAAUAAUAACAUAACUUGUCUGAAAAUGAAUGUUAUUUUUUUUUUCAUGCGAGUAUAACACGACUUGGUAAAGAAAUGAAAGGAAAACAACAGGUUAAGUUCAAUAAAACUACUGAACAAACAGCAACAACAAAAUCAGCCGCACAACCAACCAAUCAACCAAAUAAAUAAAUAAAUAAAUAAAUAAA